UAUCAUUGAAAUGUAUAUCUGUAGACUUUUAAACAAUUGAAAUAUUAUGCUGAAUCAGUAAUAUGGAAAGGUGCCAUUGCAUAUGGGUAUCUGUACAUUUUCAAACAAUACAAAUAAAUGCUGGAUCAACAUCAUGAAAGGCCAUUGAAUACUGGAUUGGGAUGUCUGGGAGCAGCACCCAUGGACCCUCAGAAGGGGACUGGCUGUGUACUUCAUCCAAAUGCGGCAACCUAAAUUUUGCUCGUCGGAUGUCAUGCAACCGGUGUGGUGCCAACAAACCCAAGGAUCUAGCCAGCAAGAGGAAGUUUGGUAUUGAAAUUGGAAAGGCUGCAGCAGACAAGAGCAAGGGCCUCUUCAGUGCUGAUGAUUGGCAGUGUAACAAGUGUGGCAACGUCAACUGGGCGCGCCGGUCCACCUGCAACGUGUGCAACGCGCCGAAGGUGGGCGACGUGGAGGAGCGAACCGGCUUCGGUGGCGGCUACAAUGAGCGUGACGGCGUCGAGUACAAGGAGCGCGUCGAGUCCGACGAUGAGUACGACGAGUUUGGUCGGAAAAAGAAGAAGUUUCGGACAGGCAUACCGCCGGCGCCCCGGACAGCGGAGUCGAUGUACACCAAAGGUGCGGCAAACGAGCAAGAUGAAGAAGAGAAUGACGACGACGAAGAUGACGAUGAUGAGGGGGACGAUGACCUGUCUAAAUACGAUCUAAGCGCCUGGGGCGCCGAGGAUGUCGACGCCAAGGAGACCAAGAAAGAGGAUGGAGGCAGCAGCGAUAAACGAUCGCCGUCUUCCUCUUCCUCGUCGUCGUCUACGUCGUCCUCAUCGCGGUCGAGGUCACGCUCUGGCUCCCGUUCCCGUUCCCGUUCCCGUGUUCGCUCCCGUUCCCGCUCACGCUCUCAUUCGAAGACACGGAACAACAGGUCGGGCGGCCGGCACUACUCGAGCAGCUCUCAGUCGCGCGACUCCAGCGCCACGGCGGCCUCCGUCGGCGCUGGCCGCCGCAGGUCAAGGUCGGGCUCGCGCUCACAUUCGAGGUCUCGCGGCCGCCGGCAUCGCUCGCGCAGCCGCUCCAGAUCUCCGAUCCGCCGAUGAUCGGUCGCCCCUGGGUGACAUCGCAAGGAGACUGCCAGCCAUAGGCGGCUGGGGUGAGGCACAGUGGAAGCGUCACGCAUCGUUCACCGGUAUGAUAUCACCAACGAGCUGAAAUGGACGACAUGCAAUGGGUGUGUGCCUCGUCGCUCCAUCAUUCAGGGCAUCAAAAGCAGGAAGAACCACCAGCUCGCGAUGCCGGUAUUUUCGCAGCAUGUCUGCCUGCCGAGUGCGUAAUAUCAACUGGCGGUGUCGAAAGUUCAGCAAGAAGUUCAUCGGUCAAGUCUUGCAGGCUGUAAACCACACCCCGCACUUGUGUUUGCUGCGUCGGUUUGGCAGCCGUGGUGCUGUGGGUGGCGUGCCUGUGUUCAUCUCUGAGCAGACAGACCUAGACUGGCCUGCAGGACGCGGUGUAGUGACACCGCACAGCGCUCAUCAUUGGGGCGACUCUGGCACGUCUCCUCCGUUGUUUUUUUUUUUAAUUCAAGGUCGUAAGUCCGUUGGAACAUGUAUCACCCACGUGUGAGUCGUGCUUUCCUCGUGAUCGGAAAUUGAUGUGCGCGCUUUUGUGUGACAUACUGGAAGAGCAUUUUGUAUAUAUUUGCAUUGGUUGGCUGUUUAGGCGCCUCGGACUUCGGCUGGCUUCAGCGGAUUCUGUGUUUUGAACCAGCUCAGCGAUUUUCAAAAGGGUUAGUCGUAGGUGCCCAUAGGAAACAGGUCCUCAAAUCGCCUGCCUGGCUUUGGGUACUGUCUGUCAGCCCCGAUUUUGUUUCCCGUCCUCUGGAUUGAGCAAUAAAACAAAGCAAAAUGUG